ACCCCCGGCAGUGCGGGGUCCCCGAGCUUUUGGAGAGUGGCGUCGACCCCAUAGGCGGAGACCCCUCGCCCCCACCCUGGAGUCUUUCCAACCUGGACAUCACCAGGCUUCCCGCGGGUCUGCCGACGGAAUGCCCCACUCCUCGCCCGUUGGGGAAGCAGUCCAGGGGGAGAGCGUGUGCUGAACACGUGGCUGGACGCCACCGAGAAACCUCCACGCCUGGAAUGUCAGCUCUACCCUUCACUGAAGCAAUGACAGUGGCUUCUGCUCACCUGCAUCAUCGGGAAAUGGCUGGAAGGAGUUGGGGCUACCUGGAAAGCACAGAAGAAUAAGGCAGGAUGGAUGUGUAUGACCCUCAGACGCUGGGUGUUGUGGUCUUCGGAGGUUUUAUGGUGAUAUCAGCCAUUGGGAUCUUCCUGGUGUCCACCUUCUCCAUGAAGGAGACAUCUUAUGAGGAAGCCUUGGCCAAGCAACGCAAAGAGCUUGAGAAGACCCAGCAGCAGAAAAUGGAGAAGAAGAAAAAAGAGAAAUCUGUUGAGAAGAAAGGAAAAGCAAAGAAAAAGGAAGAGAAACCUAAUGGAAAGAUCCCAGAGCAGCAGAUGACUCAGGAAGUGACAGACCCUCCCAAAGAUGUGGUUCUUGAAGCUGCUGUGGUGCCUGAGCCUUUAACAGUGGAGUUUCCAAUUGCAACAGUGUCAGUUGUCCCCCAGGAAAAGGAGAAACCUGUUCUGUCACCUAAGGAGAAGAGGAAGAAGGAGAAGAAGGUGGCAAAGGUAGAGCCUGCUUCUAGCCUGAUGUUGGCUUCAUCUCCUGUCAGUGUCCCCAGAAGUUCUCCUGUCCUGGAGGUGAUGCCUAAGGAGGUGCCUGUUGUGGCUGUGCCACCAGUUGGCACACAGCAAAGUGCUCCUGUCAACCCUGUCACCAUCAAGAAAACCGAUGCUCUUCCGACCCAUGAGGAGCAGAAGCAUGAUGGACCUGUCAAGAAGAAGGCUGCAUCCAAGAAGAAGAGUGAGCCAGCAGUCCCAACCCCUCCUCUCUCCUCCCUAGCACCUACGGAUUCAGAUGGGCCCCUCUACCUGCCCUACAAGACACUCAUGUCCACUGUCAGCAGCAUGGUGUUCAGUGAGGGUGAGGCCCAGCAGCUCAUCGAGAUCUUGACGGAGAAAAUGGGCAUCAUGGACACCUGGCACACGGCCACUCAGAAGGGUGACCCGGUUGCUGUCCUGAAACGCCAGCUGGAAGAGAAGGAGAAGCAACUCUCAGCCGAGCAGGAGGAUGCAGCUGCUGCCAGAAACAAGCUGCGGGAGCUGAGCAAGGACCUGGCAGCCGAGCGGGCCAAGGCGGCGGCUGCAGAGGGCAAGCUGAAGGAGCAGCUGCUGACCCGUGAGCGGGAGAUCGCGGCAGUGCAGGCACGCAUGCAGGCCAGCUACCAGGACCAUGUCAACGAAACGCAGCAGCUCCAGGUCAAGAUCCGGACCCUGCAGGAACAGCUGGAGAAUGGCCCCAACACACAGCUGGCUCGCCUGCAGCAGGAGAAUUCCAUCCUGAGGGACGCCCUCAACCAGGCCACCAGCCAAAUGGAAAGCAAGCAAAAUGCUGAGCUGGCCAAGUUACGGCAGGAAUGCAACAAGCUGAUGAGAGAGCUGUCUGAGAAAUCAGAGGUGCUGCAGCAAGAGGAGCAGCAGAGGAAGAGCUGGGAGAUCAAAGCGGCGGCUUUGGAGAAGCAGAACAAGCAGCUGCAGGCUUCCCAACAGGAGGUGGAGGUAAUGCUGCAGAAGAGGCUGGAUGAAGUCAGUGAUGAACUCCGCAAAACCCAGACCAGCUACAAAAGCUUGUUAGCAGACGCAGAAAAGGCCAAAGGACAGCAGCAGAGCAUUGCUGAGCUGCAGGCCAAGCUGCUGAGCUCCGAAGCAGAGGUUAAAAGUAAGUUGCUGGAGUUGGACAAUGUGAAAGGGAAACUGCAGGAUGCCAGUUUGGACAAUACGAAGCUUCUGGAGAGGAUCAAAUCCAUUGAAGCUCUGCUGGAGGCAGGCCAGAUGAGUGGGGCAGAAAAAGACAGAGACUUGCAGGCAGCCAAUGAAGCAGAAAUGAAGCAGCUGCGGUCAAGACUCCAGGAGAACACAAACCAGCUUUCAUCUUUGGAAAGGGAAGCCACAGAGCUGCGAGAGGCAGUGGAGCAACAAAAGAUGAAAAACAAUGACCUUCGCGAAAAGAACUGGAAAGCAAUGGAAGCAUUGACCAUGGUGGAGAAGGUGUGCGAGGAAAAACUACUUGCUGCUACAAAAGCAAAGGAAGAGCUGGCUCAACAGCUGAAUGCAUUCCAGACACGAACUAAGCAGACUCUGCUCUCUGCCCUUCCUGGAGUUACUCUGUCCUCACAGCAGGAUUAUGAUACAUGGCUACAAGAGUUUACGGAGAAGACUAUGCGUGUGCUAAAGCAGCAAGUGACUACAACAGAGCCCCUGGAUUCAGCUCUUAAAUUGAAAGAGGCAGUGGAAACACAAAGCACUUUACAAGCAGAAUGUGAGCAGUAUAGAACUAUCCUCGCAGAGACAGAAAGGAUGCUGCGAAACCUGCAAAAGAGUGUGGAGGAGGAGGAGAAGGUCUGGAAAGCAAAGCUCACAGCCUCUGAAGAGGAGCUCCAAAAGUCACACUUCCAGCUGAAAUCCCUUGAAGCCAUGGUGGAGAAGUUGAAAGCAGAUCUGCAGAACACAGAUCAGCUAAAGGAAUACACCUCUCUUCUGGAAAUGCAACUGGAAAAUCACUUGCAAACAGCCAGCUCUGAACGUCAAAACUACACAAAAGAAGUUGAAGUUUUGAGGCAGCUCUUAUCAGAGUCCCAGGAGCAGCUGGAGGCAGCAAAGACUGAAACGCAGAAGCAGAGCAAGGAGCUGGCACUGCUGAAAACCCAGCUGGAGCAAAACAAAAUGCUGGUGGAGAAGGAGCAAGUGCUGCGGCAAAAGCUGGCACGGGAGCUAGAGGAGGCCCAGAGCUCGGCACGCACAUUGCAAGCAGAGCUGGAAAAACUGAGACUGACUGAAAACGCAGCAGCUUCGGACAUGGAGGAGGCCCAGCAUCUCAAGGAAAGACUUGACAAAGAAAAAAAAUUAACAAAGGACCUGGGUCAGGCAGCAGCUAAACUACAGGAGCUACUGAAGGUUGCCCAGGACCAACUGGCCAAAGAGAGAGAAACUGUGAAGAGAUUGAAAGAACAGCUUCAGGAAACGGGGAAAGAGGACAGUUCAAAGGAAGGGACUUCAGUUUGACGAGUCUGCAACCUAGACCUUACCAUUCAACUUACCAAAAUGCCUUACACAUUCCUAAAAAUAAAAAUAUGUGCUAAAUUCACUGUAGAUAAGAGAUUUUACAAGCCAUUAGUGACCCAAAACCUAGUUUUGAAACUUAAAAUAUAUAAAAAAACCCCCAAAAAACAGUAAACACUGCAGUUUGUAAGAAAAUCUUCAUACUGUUUGUACAACUCUUUGUUUCCCAGGGAGCCUCUCUGGCAAUGCCAGGGCAAGCGCUGGGGCUUCACCUUCCUUGUUGCAGCAGAAUCCACAAAUAUGUGCAAAAGGGAAGACUGUGUUUGUACAUCAACUGGUGCAAUUCUAUAUUUUUUCCUUUUUUUUUUUUUUUUUUCCUGAGUGAAAGGAGUGUGGAAGUAAGACCCACCACGGAAGGAUGCCGCUCUUUGAUGGGUGGCUUUUGGCACGUAUCCUUUUUUUGUAUUUCUGGGUGUUGAUGCAAUUAAAAUGACGUAG